AAAUCUAAAAAACCGAAUGGAUUCUAUAGGUAUAAACCGUUGUAAAACUCAACAACAGUUCAACGUUCAUUAAAGAAACCAACACUCAACAACUGUUCAUCGAGGUAGUUGUUACUGCCGAUCAAAUUCAUCUACGGGGAUGGAGAGCCGCGUCCCGAGGAAUUUGGCAAGCUCCUUAAGCAGGAAGUCAAAGCAGGCGUUAGUUCUUUGGGCGGAGGGUUUCAGGGAGGCUUGUUGUGUUCACCGGGUCUUUGUCUACUGCAUCAGGUCAAGACAGCUUGCCAUCCGAACUGGCCAGUGUUUCUUACUGAAUGGCUUUAUCUUCUUAGGAAGUAUCUUUCUUCUGAAAUCAGUCAUUGUUCCAGCACUACAGUGGAUAUUGCCGGAUCAAUGCCCAGAGAGCACUUCAGAAGGUUCAUUUUCAUGUGGGGUUAUAAUGGAGUUUUAUAGUUUCUUACGCCUUGGACUUGUGCAACUGCUCUAUGUUUUCUGGUUUUUUCCAUUAUACAUUUUGAGCUACAUCCUCAGCAAUAUAUGGUACAAUGACAUUGCAAUGCAUGGUUUUUUUGCACUCGAGGAAUAUGGACCAACUACUUCUAAAUCAUCUGAUCAAAAGGAGUCACAAGUUUCACAAACAAUAGUUAGUAAGACUAAAUCAACUGAUUUUGAAGGAGUCAUGAUUGGCAUUGCUGAACAAAUUUAUUCUGUCCUCUUGCUGACUUUCUUCUUCCUAGAGAUUACUGCUAUCGGAUUCAUCCCCUAUAUUGGAAAUACACUAAAGUUUCUGCUUCUUUCUUGGAUGUAUGCAUAUUAUUGUUUCGAGUAUAAAUGGAAUCUAUCUGGACUAAGUUUGGACAAGAGGCUGGACUUCUUUGAAACUAACUGGACAUUGUUUGCUGGUUUUGGUAGCCCAUGUGUCUUGGUGAUAUUCUUGUUCUCCCCUCUUGUUAGCUACGGGGUUAUGGCUUUACUCUUUCCCUUGUUUGUGUUGACUGCUACCGGCUCAGAAGCCGACACGAGUGUAUCCUUACCAAGAACAAAAUGGAGAGGUUCGGGACUUGGAAGGGUUCCAAUAUUUUACGGCGCACAUUACACCUCGAUGCAGAUCUUGGCCUUGUUUCCUACACACGGCAGGGGUGUGCCAGGAUACAACGAAAGCUAGGAGUCAGGCAUCAUCUGUACAUUAAUACUUCAAGGUAAGAAAAACAAUAUUAUUGUCUGUAUAUACAUGGUAAAAACUCAUAAUAUGUAGUUCUGAAUGCAAAUGUUUAUAUUAUGAUAUAUGAUUGUAUUAUGAAAUAAGUGAUCAACAAUGUGAAUGUGUGCUGUGUUUAGAUGUUAGGCAGAUUUAGAUUUGUCUGUUCAUGAGAAGUAGGCGGUCAAGAAAAGUCUACUGACAUUAUAAUAAAUAAUACUCUGUCCCACUAUAAUUGUCCCUUUUUUUCUUUUUUUCGGCCGUCCCACAAAAAGUUGUCUCAUAUCAUAUUUGGUAAUAUUUGUGUGGUUCUAAUUCAUUCUUGUUGUAUUCCUACUAUCAAUUCAUUAUAAACCACAUAAUUAUACUUUUCUUAAAAAUCGCACCACCCCUUUUGUCCCAAUCUUAGGGGGGCGGAGGUAGUAAUGGUAAUAAUGAUCAUCACUCAUUGGCUGUCUAGUGUACACAGACAGCAACAUUUUGUUUUAAAGUUGUAAUGGAUAUGUUAUAUUCCCGUAAACCAUUUGAAACUACAAGUUACUCCGUAGUAUUUGCUUCAAAGAGCAGUAGUGCUCUGUGUGUUUUUUUCGUUGUUUUGUACUGCAUCAAAUUUUGUGUUGCCGCCCAGUUGAACUGUAUAAUUAACUAUGGAGUAUAAUUUUGCAAUCUAGAGAGUACCACUCCCUCCAGUUGUUGUAUAAACCAGCAGGCCUCAUUAACCCCAUCCCUGUGUAGGCGCUCUGUGGCGCCCAGUUUUUUUCCUACUGGCAGGAAAAAAACUAAUUUGUUUAGCUCUUAUUAUUUCCCAGGAAACCUUGCCCCCCUUCUUCCGUGUAGUGAUUUUUACAACAUCAAUGUCCUCCGUCCCAAAAUAAGGUUUUCGGUUUAGUCAUGUGAUUGAGAAUCCUGUCAUUGAGAUCUGUGUCAAUUUAAGAGAUAAUAUCACACAACUUUCCUUUUUGGGAUGUCCCAGAAAAUUCUUCCAACUUCACCUUUUUUUUAUUAUUUGUGUGGCUCACAUUCAUUUCACCUUUUUCUUACACAACUACAACCAUACAUUUCUACUUUAUUCCACUACCUAAAUAUGCGAUCCAACUCAAAGUUGGAAGAAUUUUCUGGGACGGAGGGAGUAGCAUUUUAUUUCAGAACAGAUGAAAAAUGAUAUUCCCUCCGUCCCAUUUAAAUCUUUACACUUUCCUUUUUGGGACGUCCCAUUUAAAUCUUUACGUUUCCUUUUUUGGUAACUUUGUAAACACUAAAUUGUCCUAAAUACCCUUUAGUUAUCUUACCCACCCACAGUUAAUUACCCCUCAAGAGACGAUACCCACACUUUAUUACCACAACUUGUAACCUUCCAGAGAACACCACCGAGAUACCCGCAUAAUGUAGAAGCUCGUAAAUCAAAGAUUGGGGCAACUGAGUUCUUGAUGCCGCCGAUGCGUCGGCUCCAGCUCCGGGAACGGCACUUUGCCGGAAAACAGGAGUGCAAAGAGGUGAAAUCAAAGAAUGCAACGAAACAUAAAAAACGAGAACAAGGGUGUGGCGAGAAGCAGCGGGCAGAGCAGAGAGGCCCUUUUUGUGUUUCGGUCUUCAUCUUCGGAGUAGGAGAUGAUAGAGUAACAAAUUGGGUCUCAAUAUUUUAGCUUUGAAUUUGAUCUGUUUGUGUUCUUCCCUAUUUGAAUUUACUCCGUAUAAGAAAUUGUUGAUCCGGCUACAAGAAUUAUAGAAUAUGGCCGGAAAGGGAGAUGAAUGGUAGAUGUGCUCCCAGACCCCCCUAUGCUGCGGUAAUUGCAACAAAGGUAAAAGGGGUUUUAGUUCUUCUAUUAAUUGCUAUCCUAAAUUAUCGUGCCAAAAUGAAACGUAAAGUUUCAUUUGGGACAGAGGGAGUACUUUUUGGGAUAGAUGGAGUAUUCUGAUUUCCAUUUAAUUAUUUGUAACUUUUAGCCCCACAAUUAUAAUGCGUUUGUUACUUUUAAUCCAUAUGUUUCCCAUAUGUUU